CCAACUUAAUUAAUGCAAAAUAUAACUAAAAGCGUGUUUGCAAAAGCAUAUUUGUAGUCUAAAAAGCCUGUUCUCAUUUCAUCACCUUCUCACCUCAUCUGCUUCCUCUUUGGUACCUGUGUCCUCCCAGCACACAAAAAGACCCUCCUCUCUGCAAUAGUGCAGUCAAAUCUCCAAUUGCCGCCCAGAAAAUUAAACCGGUUGAAUCCGUCGCCGGAAUAUUCCUCUCCCGAUCAUCAAGACAAUGCAAAACGCUGACUACACCUCAGUCCCCUACUACCCUCAGCAACCCUAUCCGCAGAGCCAGAAUCCGAAUCAAAAUCCAAUCCCGGGCCUGAACCAGAACCCGAUCGAAUCCCUCUACCACGCGCCGCCGUCUUACGCAUCAGCACCGCCGUUCUCCGCCAACGCAUACACCCCUCCACCGCCGCCUCCACCCGCCGAUCAUUCCGCCGCGUACCACCACAAUCCAGCAUCCUAUCCAUCCUUCCCCCAGGCUUCGGAUCCCCUCCCGCCGCCGCCGCCGCCGUCGUAUUCUCAGCCUCAGUCGGCCUAUUCUUUCCCGCAAUUCGAAGUCCACGGGCCCCACCAACCCCCAGCCCAAACCCAAUCGCCGUCCUAUCACCCGUCUUACGAUCAGCCUGCCCCUGAUUACGCCUCCAACAUCAACCCUAAUCCCGUUUCCCCCAAUUCGCCUUACCCAUCUAUCCACCUCCCUCCUCAAUACCCUCAGUUCAGUAAAUCUCUUUACGAGACACAGUACGAUAAUCAUGAUGUGAAUUUAGGGCGGAGCAGGUCGGAUGUGGGAGCCGAAUUGUAUGGAAAACGGGCGGAUAGUGGGUAUGGGAACGACAGCCUGUAUGGGAAUAAUGAAGGGGUUUAUGCUUACAGGGGAAGUAGUGAGCCGUACGGAGCUCGAGGAACAGCUCCAAAGUCUUCAACUUGGUCUGGGUUUGACGAUUUUGGUAGGCCAAUUGGAUAUUCUUCUUCAUCAGGCAAAGAUAGAUCGCCAUCAAAUUCUGGUCUGAAGGUAGUGAGGGCGGUUCCAAAGGCGGACACACAGCAGGAUGCAAAGGGUGGGGUGCAGAAAUUCAGAGUGAAGUUGUUGGCCGAGAGUGGUGGACAAAGCACCAUGGAUGUUCUCUGCCAGAUUGGCUUGGAUGGAAUUCGUAUGCUGGACCCAAGUACCAGUCGUAUAUUAAGGAUUUAUCUUCUCGACUCAAUAACCAGAUGUGAAGCUUUUGAUUCAUCAACAUUUGCGUUUUGGUCAAAAAGUUCUGUGGAUAUUGAACCAAGGCGUAUUAGAUUGCAGUCCAAUAGUUAUACCACCAACACCAUUUUGGAUACAGUUACUGCUGCAAUCGUACAGUAUAAGGAGAUGAGUGAGAGAAGCCGUCCUUCUGAAUAUCCCAAGAUUGCUGAACAACCUCAAGAGAAGAAGAAAGGUUUUGCUGAUUUCAUGAACUUGAUAAAGCCUGUCAACGAGGAGAAAGAUCACUGGGUCCCUGAUGAAGCAGUAACAAAGUGCACAGCUUGUGGAACAGACUUUGGUGCUUUUGUGCGAAGGCAUCACUGCAGGAACUGUGGGGAUAUAUUUUGUGACAAGUGCACGCACGGUAGAACUGCUCUUACAGCUGAUGAGAAUGCUCCCGUUGUUAGAGUUUGUGAUCGAUGCAUGGCCGAAGUUUCUCGCAGGCUUAGUAAAGCCAAGGAAGCUGCCAGCAGACCUAGUGUCGUUCAAAGCCAUGACGAUCUUGCCAAGAAACUUCAGGAGGAGCUGGAGAGAAGCUGCAAGGUGUCAGGCUCCAAAUCAGACAGUUCUGGGAGGCGAAUGAAAGAGGUUGCCUGUCCAACAUGUACAGUCCAUUUGCAGGUUCAAGUGCCGAGUUCUGGUUCAGAGACCAUAGAGUGUGGGGUCUGCCAGCAUCCAUUUCUCGUCACAGGCAAUUAAUGUUCGUCUAACGGCCCCUUUUAAUCUCUUGGUGUGUUUGUGUGUGUGUUAAAACAUGUUUGAACUUCGGAGUUGAUCUCUUGGUGUGUUUGUGUGUGUUAAACACGUUUGAA